UGAUCCCAGCUGGGACUACUCGAGCCACGUGACGCGUCACUGUAUGUAGAACCGCGCCGAUGCCACCCAAUGCCAACCACGGUUGUAUCUCGGGGUGUUCUAUCGCACGUAAUGCCACUGGCCGCUCAAUAUCAAUAUCAAUCGCUGACACUCGAAGAUGCGGCUUGCCUUGAAGGAGCCCUUUAUUAUAUUCAUCACACUCGACUAGGCAGUCGGGUAUCACUUACUAUACUUCCUCCCACCACGUAGUGCAGCAGCGGACACCAGGCCCUACACCCGCGCAGUGCCCCGUACGAAUACUCUCCAAGACUGCGGUGAACUCCCAGGGAACCUAUCAUGGCAGAUGCGAUUCAGGUCGCGGGUGCGAUUAUUUGUAUCUUCGCGGUGACGACCCUCCUUACGUGGAGGUUUGAUCCACUUUAUUCCAUCCCGACGAUUGGGCCAUCUCUUCCUCUCCUCUCUUACAUCGGUGCCUACCGAUAUAGCAAGAAUGCCCGUGAAGUUCUUCAGGAAGGUUAUGCCAAGUACAAGAUCUUCAAGGUCGCCAUGCUCGACCAAUGGGUUGUGAUCGUCAGUGGCGCCGACAUGAACGAGGAGCUGCGAAAGAUCCCGGACUCACAUGCGACAUUCCACAAGGCUGCUGAAGACUUCCUCCAGAUGCGAUACACUGUGUCAAACAGUGUCGUUGACCACCCAAUUCACAUCCCCACCAUCCGCGGUCCCUUAACAAAAAACUUGGGCGUAGUGUUCGGCGACGUCGUGGACGAGAUCAACGCAGCAUUCGCUGAUACCAUCGGGAGCAAGUUGCACGGUGACGAGUGGAUCAGUGUCAAUACGCUGAUGACUAUGGCAGUGAUCAUCUCACGUGUAAGCAACCGCGUCUUCGUUGGCCUUCCCCUGUGCCGGAAUGAGGACUACCUGCAGAUUGUCCGCCAAUUCACUUUCGACGUAUCGAGGGCGCGCUUCAUACUCUCCUGGUUUCCGAAGUCAUUGAAGAAGAUCGUUGGCCCAUUUAUCCCUUGGGCACGCAGAGCCACUCAGAAGGCGUCGGUGCACCUCAGGCCCAUAAUUGAGGAUCGCUUCAGGAAGCUGGAGGAGAUGGGCAAGGAUUGGACAGAUAAACCUAACGACUACAUGAUGUGGAUUAUUGACGAAGCCAGGCGAGAAGGCGGGUCUGUACAGACGACGAUUGAAGGUCUCAUGGUCUCCAACUUCGCUGCCAUUCACACAUCCAGCAAUAGUAUGACCCAGGCACUCUAUCACCUCGCGGAAUCUGCCGAGUACGUCAAGGGGUUGCGCGAGGAGGUCGACAGCGUGGUCAAGGAGCAUGGCUGGACCAAGGUCGCGACGGGCAAGAUGUGGAAGCUAGACAGCUUCAUGCGCGAGUCGCAGCGCAUCAACGGUAUCACGUACAUCUCCAUCAUGCGGAAGACGCUGCAAGACACGACGCUCUCCGACGGGACGUUCAUCCCGGCCGAUACGCUCGUCGCCGGUGCGUCCAACGCGACGCACCGUGAUCCGCGCAACUACGAAAAUCCCGAAGUUUUCGAACCGUUUCGUUUCGCAGACAUGCGCGAGGCAGACGGCGCCAGCAUCAAGCACCAGUUCGUCAGCACCUCGCCAGAGUACGUGCCGUUCGGGCAUGGGAAACACGCGUGCCCCGGCCGUUUCUUCGCCGUGAACGAACUGAAGCUCAUGAUGGCGUACAUCUUGCUCCACUACGAUCUGAAAUUCGAGGGUGAGCAGCGGAGGCCGGAGAACUGGUCGCGCUGGCAUAACGUCCUGCCUGGGCACAGGAAUGUAUUAGUCCGGAGGCGGCAGGUUGUGGCUACCUAAUGAAAUAGUGUUGUCAACUGUAUUUGUGACAUCUUGUCUAAUACAAAACAGCGAGUGAGCUUCGGGAGAUGGUAGUUC